UCUGACGGGAUUACGAGAGUUUCCUCAAUUGAGCACCGCGAAGUUAAACGCUCGGACGUCCAGGAGAGAAAAGACAACUUCGAUUGAAUCACUUAUCAACGACCUCAUCUAAUUUUCCAGUGGAUCAGAUGUUUGCGUUUGACACUGGUCGACAGGUCUGCCCUGUGAUCGCCGGAUUAAAUGAUCUCCGCCGCCACUGCUGCGGUUCAUUCUGGAGCCAGCGGCACUGAUGUGGUUUCCUAACACACCCGCGUUUUGAGUAAAGCUGAUUUUCAGACCCCAGUCGACAGAAUGACUCGGAUUUUCUGGGACGCUAUAUUUAUCAUUAGCGGUUCUCUCUUUACAUUUGGAGCAGGGCCGAGCAGUUCAGCAAUUAUUGAAGCCAACAUUUCUAUUGACACAAACUCCAUAGCUGCUCCCAAUAUAUCCCAUAGCACCUCUGGGACGACCAAUGACAGAGGCACAACUACAACUACCAUCCCUACCAUUAAAAGUUCCCUCGUCUCAUUUGGAGUAGAGCAGACCAUUGCAACAGAUUUUGAUGCCACAGUUUCCAUCCAUGCCACCUCUCCUGCUGCCUCUAACACCUUAACAAGUAUCUCUCCAACAUCCAUCAGCAGAAGCUCCACAACCAGAAAAGCUAUUGCAACUACUAACAAACGUCCAACUAAAAAAUUUGUGGCAGCAGCUGUUCGCUCUCAUUUUGAUGACUGUCCAGACUCUCACCAGCAUUUCUGCUUUCAUGGCACUUGUCGCUUCCUGAUACUGGAGGAGACGCCUGCAUGUGUGUGUCAUCCAGGCUUUGUUGGGAUGAGAUGUGAGCACGCAGACCUGCUUGCUGUGGUAGCGACCAACCACAAACAGCAAACCGUUGCCACAGUUCUGGUUCUGUGUGUGAUUGGCUGUGUUCUCAUCAUGGUGUUGUGUUCACUCCUGCAUUGUUGGUGGAGGCAAGACUGCCGGAGGCGGAGUCGUGCACACCACUAUGUUGCAGAGAAGCAUGGAGGGUCCUGCUAUCCAUCAGAGAGUGUGGUUUGACCGAACAUCUUAAAAGAAGUUGUUUGCAUCAUUGCGUUUUUCUCAUCUGUGGCCCACAAGCCCUCAGGACUCCAUCCAAAGUGGUACAACAGCCCAGGAAUGACGCAUUAUCUCCAAUGAGACUGAGGUAGGGCUUCUUGUCAUGGAAGGUUGGAUGUUCCAUGACACUCUUUCUCCACUAACUGGGACUUCUGGACUGCAACGACCUAGGGACGUUUGUACAUUGUUUCUAUGGAAAUACACUCAGAACUGCAACAGUCUGUCUGAACCUCUGAGAAGGAAGAUGCUGCCAAAUCCUGCAUGGGAAGAGCUCUGCAUGUCCCGAUUUCUGUUUAUGGCUUGCCUAGAGGACAUGAGAAAUUAUCUGGAAGGCCAUCAAUCAUCCCGUGUGAGGCUAAGUAGCCAAGGCACUUAUUUUUUGGCAGCGGGACAACAAUAAUUCAUUUACACAAGUCAAAAAAACACAAUUCCUAUGUUUGUCUUUUAAUAUAUUUGCACAUUUCUUGCCAGAACUCUACAAGCACAAAGAAAAUUUUUAGUAAUUGAACGUGGGGGCAGUCAUGCUUUAAAAACCUUUUUAGGGUCUGUUUUUAAAGAAAGAUCUCACUUCACCUGACAGGAGUAGGAAUUGUUAACCAGACUGAAUGAAUAUUGGUUUCCUAGACUUCAAUGAGAAUUUAUGCACAAAAACUACAACCUUAGAGUUGUUCCAGUAUUGCUGUGAUGUGAUCUGGGGGGG